AUGGAACUGACGAAGGAAAACGGAUUGUUGAAUAUGACAGUUCUCGAGCACUUCACGGACAUGGACCUUGUGCACGUCCACUGUAAACAAGAAAUAAAUCUAUGCGGAAUUCCUCAUAUAAGAUCAUUGGGAAAACUCUUAGUUUCCAAUUCGGAAGUGCUGAAAAACCGACCACAUCGCUUAUACUACGCACUGCCCCGGUUCACUAUGGUAUUGCCACUGGACGACAACAUCGCAUUUGAUGUGUUCCUCGACUGGUUUCUUUAUAAAAACGUGAAUAAUGUAUAUGCAGUCGUCGAGAACCUAACAACGACCGAUUGCAAACAAGUGGUGACGUUGUACCUAAAACAAAUUCCUAGAUUAGAUUUGGACUCGGCUAAUCAUAGUUUCAAGCAAACGAUCGCUAAACCAUUUAGCCACCGGCCCAUGGAACCAGAAUUACAUUCACCUGCAGAUGGACCGCCUUCUAGCAAACAGUAA